CCAACCCCCAGCGCUCUAGAGCUAGCAGGCUAACAUGCUAAAGUAGUUAGCCCUUUGAGGUUAUUUGGACUGUUUCGUCCAAAUAAUGUUUGAAAAUACUAACAUAGCUAGACUGUGAAAACGGUGCGUUUUUCUUUCUAACAUUCAAAGCUGUUUAUUCUUCGAAAGUGCGGUCAAAUGCGCACAUUUGAAGUUUUCUGGGUCAAUGUUUGGCGAGUUAGGUUAGCUAAGUAAAGUUCGGACGGUGGUUAGCAAAUUAGCGCAGUUGUAAACUUCUGCCUGCUGUUGUUAGUGAUGCAGCGUCGACACUGCAGCGCAAACGUUUCUGUCUUGUUAACUAUAUUGUUUAGUAGGUUGCUUCGUAGUUAAAGUGCAUCGCCGACAACCCUGCUAACAGCUCAGGCACUUAUUGCGACUUUAGCGAGAAGGAACUUUUUACUAGUUGGCACUUUUCGUCGCUGCUAAGCUAGCUAGCUACUACUUUGGUUAGCUAGCUAGCUUGGCUAGCUCCGAAGCUAAAUGCUUCUCCCGAGAAUGGACCUUUUGAGCCACCAAUUUAUGGAUAAAAUGAACAACAACAUCGGAAGACUUCACUACGAUUCAUAUGAUGAUGAUUCAGGGGACUCCAGGAUGCACGCUUUGUCCUCUUCAGUGGGAAGCAACAGGACAGGAACACCUAUUAGUCCAGUUAAAAGAAAGUAUGAUGAUGAACAAGUUGGACACAGCCACGACUACGACACUGAACAAAUGGCAAAAAUGAGUCGCCUACUUACAUCUCAUCUGGGAGCUCCUUCCAAUGGAGAUAGUAGGCAAGAACCUUGGAAUCAUUGCCCCAACCCUUUUGAGCACGCCUCCUCUGCCAUCAGUGGCCUCCAUGGAAAUCGUUUGUAUGCUCCCUUUCCUGUUUUUGCAAUGGAGCAGCCGCUCGCGUUGACCAAAAACAGCAUGGACACUGCUAGGUCCAAUCUUCUCUCGCCACUUGGCUCUGCUGAACGUCAGCAGAAUCGUCCUUCUGUGAUAACAUGUGCCCCUGCAAGCAACCGCACAUGCAACCUCUCGAACUGUCACAUGUCUCCGAGUAGUUGCAGCUCUGGAGUGACUAACGUAAAGAGUAAGACUAACGCUAACACUGUCUGUGACCCUGUGAUAGAAGAGCAUUUCCGUCGCAGCCUAGGCACGAUCUACAAGGAGCCAGAGCCGGCCUCUAACUCUGUGUCCAUCACGGGAUCUGUGGAUGAUCACUUUGCCCAGGCGUUGGGUGAGACCUGGUUGCAGAUCAAGGCGAAGGGCAGUGGCUCCGGGAGUCCUGAGUCUACUUCAUAAAGGCCAAGUAUUCCCCAAAGAAACCUGUUGAACCAUGGUUGGUUUUUUCCUGUGUUAAGGCUUUUUCACACCAAUUCUGGGUGUUGUUUUUUUGUGAGUAUGUGGAAAACGUGUCAAAAUUACAGUUCCACUUUUUUAUGUUUUUGUUUUGCUAAGCAGGCAGUGUUUGAGUGUUGCAUCUUCAGAUGUUCUAGUAGGCUUUUGAUUUGUAUAAGUAUCCUUUUUUUUUUUUUUUCCUCACAGUUUUUUCUUACAUAAUCUGGCAACAAGACCUCUGCCGAAUUUAGAAACUGUGGCUUAAAACUUUUAUUGAAAAUGUAGCCUUCUUGAUUCAGGCUUGUAGAAAACCCAGGCUAAAUUCUGUUAAAGAACCACUUUCCCCAGUGGAUCCUAAUGCUGGUUUACUUGUGCCUUGCAUAUUUCAUAGUGAUGAUAAUUGCUUACCUUUAUUACAUUAAAAUACUUUACAAAAAGCCAGCAUCAGAGAACAAUAGAAAACAAAAGCACUGAGCAGUUAGGAACAAAUAAUGUGAUUAAAAAUUACUAUAAUGAGUAAAACAAGGAAUUAUAUUUCAACAAAGCAUAAAAAUUGGGCUUUCCCUGGUCUAACACAACUGCCCCUGCUACUCACCUAAUUAACAAGUGCUUCCUGAGUUGAAGUCGGUGUGUUUAAGAUCAGAGAAAAUGUUCAAGUUUGCAAGGCAGGAGCCAGGAUUGGGAACCAGUGGACUACACUGUAGAAUGAAGAGUUUGAAUGAUUUAGAAGCUCGUGCCAUUAGAAGUUGUUAGUUCUAUACCUGUCUGUGCAACGUAUCGAAACCAGUCAUUUAAGCACUCUCUGUUUAAAAGGAAAUUCCACUGAUUGUUCAAAAUUUCAAAAUUCAAUAGUUAACAUCAAACUGUCAUUUCUUAAAUGGUUAAUUGUGGAGAAUCUAACUGACUCAGAUUUCUUUACAGUUGUGAUGAUGGGAACUGGGUUCACCAGAUCUACAGCACAAAUCUAGCCAUUUUGUUUACUAUCACCAGUGAACAUACAGAAGUCUUCCAAGUUUUAAAUGUUAUGUGGAUAAUAGUAAACAGUAGUAAAUACGAUGUUCUUUGGAGAUUGUUUAAAAAAAAAAAAAAAAAGACCAUAAACUUCUCAAAACUAUCGUAAACCAAUGACUCCGUCAUCGGCAGUGUAUUUUUAACCAUUUCAUGUAAUAACUUGCUGUGAGGGAGCUUUAAGAGGUAGUAAACUCUGCAGAUGCCUCAUUCCUGUCAACAUUGAUGUAAAUGAUUCUGUCUAGGCACGUUUCUUUAGAAUGACACACUUUACUUCACGCCACUCUGAAUGACAUCUUCAGCUUUUAAUUACGCGGAACCUUUUGAAAAUCACUAAUGAAAUAUUUGAAAAUCUUGUAUACCUGGUCAAGGAAAUAAGACAUUUUCCACAUAACACCUUCACGCUACUUUUUGACACAAAAAUAAUUUGAUAUGUUCUGGAUCUCCCAUCAUAUUCAUAUAAGACUACCCCCAAUGUCCUUAGAACAUUGGUACCUCACAGAACCGUUAAGAUGCAGUCUGAAAAGGACGUAAUAAGGGUAGACAACCAAAGCUCUUAAAUUGUGACGAGUGCUUUAGCUCUGUGUUCCAGAAUGUCACUUUUAACUGUGUUUCUUUUAUCUUCUUUCAUCUCCAUGUGACCUAAAUGUUUCAAGAGGUCAAAUUCACUCAUUUACCAAGGAGUGGCCUGAACUUUUGCAGAUCAUUUUAUUGGCACUUGUGUUAGGCCUCUUUAAUGUGUGGGAUAUAGUUGGCUAGAAUAUGCAAGUGUCCCCUGUACUGACCCCCUGGGGGGGUCAUGAACAAUUUUCAGUCGAAUCUGGUGUGGGUAUCUUGUAUGACUUGCAGGCAAUUUGGUGAUGGCCGAUGGCAUUAUAUGUGUGUGCGUGAUAUAUAUGUGUAUAUGUAUGUCAUUCAGAAGGGUGUGAUUUGAAAAGAACAAUGUGAAACUUGCCUUAACCAUGUGUUUUAUACCAAAAAUCUUGGCAAAAAAACAGUCCAAAUAGCAUCCAGGCAUCAAGAAGUUUUAUAUAACUUUAUGAAAUUAAAUAAUGUUGUAAGCUAUAGAUGUCUGGUUCCUAUCACCACUACUGUGAACAAUUCUGAAGUUUCUGUAGAAACUGCAUUGUUUCAGUCAUCCACUCUGACUUUGCUCACAUCCUAAUUGUUAAAGUAUGCAAAAUUAUUCAAAUCAGUGGAAUUUACUUUCAAGUAGCCCUACCAAAGAAGUCUCCUAUGAUUUUGGCUGUGUUUUUUGUGGCACACUUUGGUCCCUGAGUAGCUAUUCGUGCUCAUGUUUUGCAAGUUAUGUGUAAAUUAGAUGAGCUGUUUUGCAUUAAUAGGUUUAAGAAAUGGCAGGGUCGCUUUUUUUUUCUUUUCCUUUUGGAAACUGGAGUGCUUUCUUAAAGUGAUGCACAUUUUUUGUAAACAUUGAAUGAGAGACACUUAAAAAGUAUUGUUAAUUGAAUUAAUCCUUAAAAAAGGUAAAGAAAGUCCUGCAGUAUCCAUCAUUUUGGUAUGUCUAAACUCUUGCUAAGCCAUCUUGUGCUUAGGACCAAGGACAUACUCAAAUGCUCUAAUAUACGGUCCCCACCCUGACGUUCGCAUACAAACUAUUCAUACACUAUUUGUAUUAAAAAAAAAAAUACUCUGCUUACAUGCAUAUUUCAGAUAGCUGUUAUCUAUUACAGACACUAUCUUUAUACUGUUCAUUCUUAGAUUCUGUUUAUUUUUAUCAGUAGAAAGUCCUGCUGCUGGAACAGUAUACUCAAUAUAUUUUUUUAACAAAUUUCUUUAGAUAUGUUGGCACCUAGCUUUGAUGCACAGCCUCUGGAAAGGCAUCUAAAUGCAGUACACGUGGCUUGGAUGAUUUUUGUUUUUUAGUAAUGCAACCGUAAUACAGAUGUCUAAAGCUUCUUUACAGGAUUGAGCUGGAUGAUCGUCUGUAUAGUGAUCUACUUACAGGUCAGCUGUUCUUAUUACGAUGCCAAUCAUAUAGCUUAUCUUUACACAGCAGUGAUGUAAUCAGUAUGCAACUAGGCCUAUAUUUAACAACCUCUUUGGGGUAUUUUUGUGCAAAGACAGCAUAUGUACCUUCCUUCCGGAGCAGUACAACAUUUUCCCCUCGAAAAUUGGAAACAGAGGGUGUAUCAAAAUAUCAUGCUUGGUCAGGAUUUCUCCCUGUGUGCAACAUUUAUUUUAUGCAUUUUUGCCCUCAGUCUUUUCUAAUUAAAGUAAGAUUCUCAGUAGGUGUAUAGUUAAAGGUCUUUAGUAUUAGAUUAUAUGCUCUUUCUGACGUAGAAUGAGUCGUUUGUUUAGCGGCCAUAAAAUGUUUCCUGCUUAAUGUAUGUUACUGUACAAAAGCCAGAAACCACUCUUUUUAUUUAAUUUCCAAUGUAAAUGGCAUUAAGUACAAGUUAUUAAAAUCUCAUAAAUGCAUGUUUUUACUAUAAAGGUAUACAGAAACUUCAACAUCUAAUACAGCAGUAAAAAUAAAAAGUCAGUAUCAGGUCUGCCAGUUUUUGUAAGAAAUCUGACACAUUUAGUGGUCUGCCAGGUAUGGGUUGUUAGGAGGCUCAUUUCCUCAUCAUUCAUUCAGUCUUUUAAUUUUUUUUAACUAGUUAAAAAUAUGUCCUGAAAAAUAAAUGCCUUGUACUUAGUGGCUGUUUUGACUAGAAAAUAAAAAAAGGGUGGUCUCUAACUUUAACAGUACUGCAUAAAUUGUAAAUUUAAAUAAUUUGACAUGUAGCUUUACACACCAAAGCUAAUACUAAUUCCUGUUUUUUUCAGACUUGCCUGUUUAUUCUAUAGCAAAUAAUUCAAAUUUGUAUGUUUUUUUUUCCUUUAAUAUAAAAUGACCAUCAUUACGCAGUGCGUGAUGAAUGACCAGUUUCUCUUUUUGACAUUUCAAACUACACUUCACUUGAUCUAUAUAUUUAAUAUCCAUUACUCAUUUCGCAUGCCUCUCUCUCUCUCUCUCUCUCUCUCUCUCUCUCUCUCUCUCUCUCUCUCUCUCUCUCUCUCUCUCUCUCUCUCUCUCUCUCUCUCUCUCUCUCUCUCUCUCUCUCUCUCUCUCUCUCUCUCUCUCCUUAAAAAAAGUUGAUCUUUUUUUUCCAGUGUACCUAUUAAAGGUCAGUUGACUGCCAAAAUAGUUUGGUGAAAAGUAUGAAGAAUAUUAGUUGUCAGUUUGUUUCUUUUUGGUGAUUUGAGGCCGCUUCUGAAUCAUGUGUUUGACAUGGUUUGUCCUACAUGAAAAUGGUUGAAAUGGCAGAGGCUGCGUCCUCGCUUUUAAGAGUUAUGUUAAAAAGAAAUAGUCAGAAUAUUAUAGCUAGUCUAUAUGUAACUCUAUUUACUUUUUGGCUUUGAUUUUUUUCUUACAAAUGCCACUUUUAUAUUCAUUAAACCUGACAAAAAUAAAAGGAUCUUUUAACAAA